GGGCGACUCUCCGGGAGGCUCGGCCGCCGCCAUUUUGUUAGCGCCGGGCUGCCGGGGCGCGCGGAAGUGGCGGCCGGCGAGGCGGGAAGGGACGGGGCUCAGCCGGCUCCUCCCCCGCUGGGGCGGAGAGGCGGGGACUGAGCGCGGCCGAGCAGGGCUGGCGGCGGGGCCGAGCGCGGCCCAGCAAUGUCGGCGUUCUCGGAGGCGGCGCUGGAGCGGAAGCUGUCGGAGCUGAGCAACUCGCAGCAGAGCGUGCAGACCCUGAGCCUGUGGCUCAUCCACCACCGCAAACACUCGGCGCUCAUCGUCAGCGUGUGGGAGCGGGAGCUGCGAAAAGCAAAACCAAAUAGGAAGCUGACAUUCCUGUACUUGGCCAAUGAUGUCAUACAGAACAGCAAAAGGAAAGGACCAGAAUUUACAAAAGACUUUGCUCCAGUAAUAGUGGAGGCUUUUAAGCAUGUUUCAAGUGAGUCUGAUGAGAGUUGUAAGAAACACCUUGGCCGAGUGCUCUCUAUCUGGGAAGAAAGGUCUGUUUAUGAAAAUGAUGUAUUAGAACAACUUAGGCAAGCGUUGUAUGGAGAGAGGAAGGUGAGGAAGCGCACAUAUGAACAGAUAAAAGUUGAUGAAAAUAACUGUUCACCUCGAAGUUCUCCCACUGACCCUCCACAGACCACAGAUCUCAUUAGAGCAUUACAAGAACUAGAAAACGCUGCCUCUGGGGAUGCAGCAGUUCAUCAGAGAAUAGCUUCUUUGCCUAUAGAGGUCCAAGAUGUGUCCCUGUUAGACAGAAUAACAGAUAAGGAAUCUGGAGAGCAACUUUCCAAAAUGGUAGAUGAUGCAUGUAUGUUGCUGGCGGAUUACAAUGGCAGGUUGGCAGCUGAAAUAGAUGAUAGAAAACAGCUAACUCGAAUGUUGUCAGACUUUCUCCGUUGUCAAAAAGAAUUCCUUGCAGAGAAAGAACAUAAGCUGGAAGAGUACAAACGCAAGCUAGCCAGAGUGUCCCAAGUACGGAAAGAACUCAGGUCACGCAUCCAGAACCUGCCUGAUCUCUCUCGACUUCCCAAUGUCACGGGCAGCCACGUACACCUACCAUUUGCAGGAGACAUCUACAGCGAUGAUUGAUUACAAAAAUAUCCUUCCAUAACCUCUACUUUUCUGUGAAAUGAGGGGUAGGUCAGACUGAUUGGUACUCUUGUAGUAUUAUUUUUGUAUAUUGUUGGAGACUGUCAGUAAAAAUACUCUAAUAAUUUAUAAAAAAUGGUUUAAAAAGUUGCUUUGUUUACUAUUUUAUUGGUGAGUGAAGAUAAGGGUACAUUUAUAAAAGUGGCACUGUGUCUAUUACAUUGAAGAAUGGAUAAUUAUCUUAUCUUUUGUAAAGAUUUUAGUUGGGUGCCCUGUAAAAAAACAUGCUAAGAUUUUUCUUAUGUACCCUGUAUUAAAUGUAGAUCAACAUAUAUUCAACACAUACUUCUAACUCGAGACAUUUCAGUUGCUAGUGAGGGAGUGAAAUGUGGAAAUCACAAGCUUAUGCUUGCAAGAAGGUUGAUGCAAUUUAAUGCAAAAUUAAAAAUUAUCUUCCUGUCGCAUUAACAUUUAAAUUGCCCACUCCCAAAACAAGUCAGGUGGGUUUUUUUGAAGUAAAUGUUAGUAAUUAAUUUUGUAUUGGAAGAUAUAAACCACGUUACACUGAGCAGAUCUUUUAAUAACUCAAAACAUUGCAAUAUUCCAGUAUCAUUUAAAAGUUAGCAUAGGAAACUAUACAGUCGACCAGUUUAAUUAUGUUUCAAAAAUUUAACUUUCUUGUUACAGCUGCUUAAUUUCUAAAUUGAGGGACCAUUCAUUUGUACUCUAAUCCCUUUCUGGAACCUCUGUCUCCAUCUAAAAAGGUUAAUCCCAGAAAUGUGAAGCCAUUUUACAACUUUAAUUAAAUUGAAAGGUCAUUCUCAAAACUGUCCCAAUUGUUAAAUUCCCUUUAUUAAAAUUUGACAAUGCUAUGUACCAUCCAUAUAUGCAGCAACAGGAUGAUACAGCCAUGCUGUACAUGCUCUUCCACUGAGAAACCCCAGAGGCGAGCAUGGGCUUCCAGCCCCCCACCUCGACCUGCUCUGGCAAACAUUUCUAGAUCUUGAUCAUUUUUUCUCACAGAGCAGGAGGAGACAGUUCAGGCCUACAUAUAAGUCAAACAGUGGAAAAUUAUUGCCAAGUGUCUGUUUAUAAAAAUGUCCUUUGCAUGGAACAAACGUGGUAUUUGUCUACAGGUCGCUAGCUGAAGUUGAGAAAAGUCCUUUUUACCAUAUUAUGCUCCAGCUUUUAAGUUCACCUAAAAACUUAAAGAUACAGGCAUCUAGCAGUUUGCCAGGAAGUUUAGGCUUUUCAGUCAAUUGGAAUGAGGCACGUAACUGUUGAGUGAUUUAAAAGAUACCUACCUGUACCUUUGGCAUUUAGGUGACCUUAAAAACCUGGGCUACAAUUGUUUGAGUCGGAUAUAUCAUCGGAGUAUUUAAUGAUUGCAUUUUGCUCCUGGGUUUGCACUUGUCAGUUUUGGGGUUUUUUUUUUACAUCAGUUAAGUACACAGUUUACAAGUUUAAUGCUCCUCACAUGAAAGCACAUUUUUUUUUUGGAAAAUCUGUUCUUCCUUUUCAAAAACCACAAUUCAAAACAGUUCUGGAGUGAAAUUGUUGGAUGGUGAUCUGUCACUAGCUACUGACUUCUACAGUGCUAAUCACUAGAAUACUUGUUGGAUGUGAAUGGAGAAUAACCUUUCUCAUUAAAAUGGACAGACUUGGACAUAAGCACCUCAGUCCAGUUACCUUUUUUCAUGGAAGUUGCCAUGAAUUAGACCUCAGUAAAGUAUAGAAAAUCCCCUAAAAGAUAAAAAUACAAGCUGUUGACAUAACGUUCCAUAGCAUGCAAUGUAAAAUGCUAAUUUCAUCAAAAAUUUCUGACAGAUAGGAAUGCUGAACAUAGUUCAUCACAGCUCACUAGCUGUCCAAAAAUUUGUACAUUUUGAGUGGCAAUUUUCCACUCUGUAGGAAAAAACAGCUAACUAUAAUGAAUCCAGAGGAGUGUUUCUUUAAAGUCUAAUAUGCAAAAUUCAGUAACACUUAUUGGCAUCCUUUCAGUGUAGGUUCUUGAUAAGAAAAGGAAUUUUCAGGUACAAUUUUAAUGUGUAAAAUAUUUCUGUUCUAGUAGGUUACAUUCAGCUCCUGAAUUCUUAUAGACAUGUACGUGCAUUACAGCUGCAGUUAAAGCUCAGUCUUGCUAAAGAAUAGCACCAAAUUUGUGAUAAAUAUUAAACCAGCUUAAUCUAUUAAGAAUUACAGAACCAUUUGUAAAACAAGAAGGAUAAGUAGUUCAUGGUUGAAUCCCACCCAUGGAAAACUAAAUUUGUACCCAGAGGUGAUUAUAAGUGCAGCAGCAUGACUUGUUUAGAGUGCAUUGAAGGAUCUAAGUCUUGGAUACUCAGAACCAUAGGGAAUUAAGCUUAAACAGUCUUUUGCUACCUUAAUUAGAAUUGAUUAUAAUAACAAAGUUGAAUGCUGAAUUUCCUUGAUCUCUCAAGAGUAUCAAAAAUGACACAACACUUACUUCACUAGACUUGUUUUUCUAUACAUAACUCUUUGUGGUAAUGUCGCUUAUCUACAGAUAAUGUGGAACUGAUAAAAGAAUGAGGAAAAAUCUCAACUUCUUCUGGAUGUAUAUAAGUUUUAAUUUUGAGAGAGUGCUAUUUUCUGGAUAUAUUUUACUUUAUUUUACUGUGAAAUUGUUUACUUCAAGGAAUAUUUCAUAGCUGGGUUUUUGGAAAUGAUCCCUCAACUUUGUUUAGAAAAGAGGACUUGCGGUCACUCUUGUGGCAAGUGUCAUAUAUUAGUGGCUCAAUGGUACAUUGGUUUUUUAUUUAUAUGGGAAAGGCAUCAGGUAUCAACUAGUUAGAAGAUUUAUGUUGUAACUGUAAUAGUGUAGCAGGAGAUAACAUGGUAUGAUACAAACGCAGCCCUGUAGUAUCAAAAAAUACCUCCAAAUCCUCAGGUUCCAAAAUUUAACGUACGUACUUCUGAUGUCUCAGGAAGAAAAGGGGCUGGGUGGGGGUAGGAAGGGAGCCUAGGAGCUGGAAGGGAGGAGAACACCCCCGGCUGGAAAUGAAAAGCAAAACAAAUGUCAACUUUUGUCAAAACAGAAGUUAACAGUGUGAAACUGGGCAGCACCAUGUUUUAGCUGUAGGUGGGAUUAGACAAUAGAACUGCUUUGGGGCAUUACCACCCUGGGAAAGAAAAUGUGUGGGUGUACCCUGCUGGUCUCUUCUAAUGUGGUCUGACUCUACUCAAACCAGAAUACCCACUCUGCAAAAGGCACAAUUAUAAAAUAUCUGAACUUUUUUAUCUCAUAAUAAAAGCCUAGUAAUUAGAUUAUUUGCUUCACUAUAUUGCACUUUUAUUGAACGUUCUCUGAAAAAAGCAAAGAGAUUUGCCAUGUGAGAAUGCUUACCUUGGAGGUCACUGGGACUGCUUGUAUAUUCUAGCAUUUGCAGGCUCAGGCUGUUUUUGCAGAAUGUUUUGAAAGAUAUCAGGAAUAUUACCCCACUUCUGUGGUCUUAAAAAUAAAUGUGAAGUCCUUAGUUACAAAAAUUACCAUUCUUAGAAAUUGUGUUUCAUUACUCCUUUUGAAAAAUAAACUACAGCCUGCAGUGACAUUAGCUUGUCUGUUUCACUCCAUUAAUGUUUGUAUUAAUAUAUUAAACUACCCACGUUAAUCCCCAGUAACACAACCCAAACCACAUGAUUAUGUAUUUUUAUCUGAGUAGUCUGAAUGUCAAACUGAGAGCUUUCAUUAUGAUAAAAUUACAUUCCUGUUUACCUGAAACUUAAAAAGACAAUGUGUUAGGACUUCCACAGACUAAUACUGCUCUCACAAGUCAGUGGUUACUCAGUCUGGUACUUCAAUAAUGACCCAAAACACAUACAUAGGAUGCAGUAGCCCCCUGUGCAGAUGACCGUGGAAGACAUGGAUAGGCUGGAUUGGGCCUCUAGAGAAGAGCUGGAUUUCAGCCUUUUCAAAUGUGAGCGAAUAGAUUCACAAGUGUGGGGGGUUUUCAGUGGAAAAAUUACUGAAGUAGACAACCAGCACGUCUAAAAUUUGAUGGUUACAUUUAUAAAUAUUUAGGGCGAGCUCUGCUCAUUCAUGCAUAUGAUCACAGUGACUAUUUCUGCAAGUAAAGAAAGCAGACCUAAGUAUAGUGUCUGAAGUGGAAUUUAUUUUUUUUUUUAAUGAAUGACCAAUUUUGCCUCGGCUCCUAUUUCAGUGUGUCAUUUAUCUUGAUUAAGUAGUAAAUCUCUUCCAUCUUGUUAUUUAGAAAUCUGAUUUCAUCUUUACAAUAUUUAAAGUAUCCUACUAAGCAUGAUGUUUUUGUGGGAAUUUGCAAAAGUUCAAUAGCACUCAUUAUUUGUUUGCAACAGAAAUAGACUCGUUUAUUAAAAGCUAACAAGUUUGAAAUGUAAAGAUGUUUCAUUAUUGUGCUUUUCUGACAGAACGUGUAAUCCUUGUGUAAUUUAUGUCCUCAGAAUAACACCUGUAUGUACGCUCUUUCAUAUUUAAUAGAAUAAAAUGUUGUUGUAAAAACA